CUAUAGGCCUAUACUAUUAAACCAUUGAUAAUAAGUUAACAACCAUCUAAAUGUUAACCAUUCAACUAAACACCUAAUUUGCUUAAUUAGAUAAUGAAUGAAUUGAGGGCUUCUAUGCAAGUGUGGAGCUACUCGGAAUUCCGGUAGAGAUGGCUUCGUCGGCGAGUGCUACGGUGGCUCCAAAAUUGACCCUUAUUUUGUCAGUUAUCAGUUUCGUUGGGGUUAGCAGGUUUCAUCUUCGCCGUUGCAAUAGUGAAAACAGGCUUAGAAGCCCCAGAUCGAGCCGGUUGAAGCUUGUAUGAGAUUUACCAGAAGAAGCAAAUGAAGUUCCGGCCACAUCUAGUACAAUGUAAGACAUUCUUCAUUUUUAGUUCAUUAGCUACAACGGUUUUUCAGUAGAGAAAGGAAAAAACUAUCCAUGCAAAAGAAUGAUAAAUAGGAAUGUAGUAAAUUGCCUUCCCUGAAAUCUUAUAACUAUUGGUAGCGGUAUCGAAUGAGUCGAUUGAACUGAAUUUGGGCUAGUAAAAUUGAAUUCAGCUGAUAAAUCGACACUUUAUUGACCCGUCCUAAAGCUACUUGGGCUAAAAUAGGUUUGGCUGAAAUAGUGUAAUAUAUUGCCUGAAAGAACAGUCAUUUAUCCCUUGAUGUAUUUGUUUUGCUAUGAGUAGGGAAGGGGUGUGGGCAACUCAGUUGUAGCAAACAAUAAAAUGGUUAUAGUGAUUUCCUCAACUCAACAAUAAACAACAGAGAACAAACUAAUAAGUUUUGAUUCAUACAUAAAUGAGCAAUUACAAUAUGAAGAACACGAAAAAUAACAGUAACUAUAAAGGAGAAGGAUAUGAGGGGACUAAGAGAGAAUUGGGGAUGACAGGCACAAUCUUUGUCUAAGCACAAUCAUAAUUCACAUAAACCUAUUUUGCUCUCCCAAAUCUCUAUUUAUCAACCCGGAUCCCACACAUAACCACUUAAUUCGGUGUUGGGCUGCUUUGCCAGUACUGAUCUAGGCCCAUUCAUAGCAUCAAUUUACUUAUGGAGGUGUCUUGAGGGCGUGCACUAAUGUGUAGAUGAAAUAAUUUAUUUACAAAAAAAGUAGAAAAGCUAAGGGAAAAUCCAUGUGGGUAUAGUUAGAUGUGUCUUGUGCAUGUUAUGAUUAUCAUAGUUUGUGUAUGCAUGCUGGAUGUCAAUGCAACUUCCCUCUACUUUUGUUUACGUUGUAUCUUUCACUUACUUUAACUUCUGCAGGGACAAAAAGAAAAAGUUUGCGGCAAAUUAUUAUUAUUAUUUAAGAGAACAAUUUUCUAUUUUUUGGCAUAUCAUAAGUUAAAUAAAGCUCUACUUCAGAAGUAGAAAAAACAUGACUACAAGCAAGCAUUGCUAACCAACGAGAUUUGUGAUCUGUUACUACUUUGAGUUAUUAGCAUUUCUAACAGAGUUCCAAAUUUGGACUACCGAUUCUGCAACACUAUGGAGAACUUGAAGAAGGCCACCAGAGGAGGUUAGCCUGGCUUGGAGUCAACUUUCAUGUCAAGGCUGAGCAGUCAAGCUCUGAUAACGUCGACUUUUCUAGAGGUUUCAGACGACACAUUCCUAUUAUUGUUGCGAGUCUUGUCAUUUCGAGAAGUGUUGAUCACCCUGGAGAUCCUCAAUGACCUUAAAGGAAGCUUCUUGGAAGUCCAUGCCUUGUGAUUCAUUGUGUGAUACAAGCUCUCUCUUGCGUGCUUGACAUCUUUCUCGUCACCUUCUUUUUGCUGCUCUCAUUAUUAUUACUGGUUGUUUCAGUAUCAAUCUAUUUUAUCUCAUCCUUCCCAUUUUGAAUUUGUUGUGGUGGUUUCCCCAUUACCUCUUUAUGUUUUCCCUUGGGUUCUCUCUGAUUUCCACAGUUUCAGAUUAAGCCUGCCAAGACAAUUGCCAAAAAAUUGGCUGGAGAUUUUGUGACUGUAGCAUUUGCAGCAAAUUAGGCUGCAUAUUAUCCUUUUGGUGUUGAUGGAACUUCCUUUCAUUGAACACUCUGGGACACUUCCACCCAUUCUUGUAGUGAAUAUUCAGGUUCCUUUUAGUUUAGCUUUAAGCGAAUAAGUGUAUUCAGGUACCAUACAAGCUCUGGCUCAUUUUAUAUUAAAAUAUUCACUCAUUUGAGUAGCUAAGAUGCUGUUUUCUCUUUCUUUUUUACAAGUACCAUUAUAUCCUACUGCAAUUUUUCAGUGUGAAACUGAUGGUUAAGGAAUGAGUUUUGUCUUGUACUUUAAGCUUUCCAAAAGUUGUGCAAAAGAACUUCCUCCUCAUUUUCAAAAGAACAUCAGAGUUAGUUCUAGACUUCUAGUUACCAUGUCAUUGGUUCCUUGUUUCUUUUUUAAAUAACCUGUUUGUAGUUGUAUAUAUCUCAUGUUGCUUCUUAAUUGCUUAAUCAUGUUUCUUCAUGUUCAUCUUUUUUAUUAUGCCUCUUGUAACAUUUGUUUCUCUUUUGGUGUUUACAUUUUUCGCAUUCUGUUAGUUUUUGUAUACAUUCUUUUGUAGUAUUGUGCUUGUUUCCCAUUAUUAUUCAGGGUGUAUUCACCUCUUGUUUGUUUCUUGGUAAACUCUUAGAAUCAGAUUUCUUACUGAACAAUUUUUUCUCACUCUUUCCUAUUGAUCAGAGAGUAAGGGAUAAUGAAACGGAUGAAGUAUAGGCUUUUCAAAUGGACGGUAUUUUUCCCUUUUGGGAAAGGUUGAAGAUAUUAGGUCGCUAGCAAAUGUGGAGGACCUCCAGUUAAAUGCAGUAGAGACGAAGCUUAUGCAGGUAUACAAUGAAAUACCUGUUCCUUCACAUCCUCAACAUGAGUUCUAUAAGUAUACUACAACAAUUUUGGUAUAUAAGACCCAAUGAUCAAGCAUCUGUAUAUCUGGGUAGAGUACGGGAGGACUGUUCCACCAAGUCGACCCAAAUUAUUAAUCAUCUUUCAAAUACCAUGCUCUAUGAGAAAUUUGAUCACGCUCUAUCACAAGUGUUUAUGCAAUUCAAAGACGAGUUUGAAGAUCAAAAACAUGCUAUAGUCGAACUAACAACUCGUAAGUUGCUAAGCAUCACGACUACUGAGAUGUCAGAGGUAUGUGUGAAUGUGGAAUUACAGAUUGAUCUCUACUGCGAUGGUAGAAUAUUGUCAGCAUUGGAAGAAUCAUCGUCUGUGGAUGGAAUGGUACCGGCUAGUGAAUCAUCAAUAGAGUUGCUAGAACCGAUGGAAGCUGAUGAAAGAAAUAGCAACGAUGAGUGUUUGGUAUGUCUAGAUGAGCUAGGUGAGGAAACUGAUGUACUGCGGUUGCCUUGCUCUCAUAUGUUUCAUGCUGAGUGUAUUACAAAGUGGUUACAGAAUAGCCAUUACUGUCCGCUUUGCCGCUUUGAGAUGCCAACCGAUUAGACAAAACUACCUACGGGAUCAACAAUCUAAAGUCAAAAACAAUUUUGUAGUAGAUUAUGUUGCUGCUGUUACUAAUAUAUGAUAUAUGGUAGUUUGUUUGAAUGAUUUCAAAUUGUGUAAUGAGUUAUAUGGUUUUAUAUCUUAUGAAGUUUAUAAAUAUUUGUUUAUUAGCAUUCAA